AUGGAAGUGAGCACACGACACCACACUACUUGUAAGCAGAGCGACAUCUUCUACAUGUUGGUAAGUACUGUGGUAGACCACGUAAAAAUAGAAAAAUAAGAGGAGCACUCUUGAGAAGCUUCAACAUGGUGUAGUGCUGUCAAAAGUGGACACGCGAUCGCGACUUUGCUGAUGGCUAAAAGAGGAAGUAACGUGGAGGAGACGGGGACCUUAAUACAGUUCCGACGCCUGCGAUCGUCUUGUGGUGCGUGCGAGCCACGUCUUGAGGUUCUGUAGGCGCUUCUGUCUCUUGGCAAUCUCGGCUUAGCUCUCGAUCGCAAGUGAUUCUCCACGCAGCACUAGCCAGUAACUUGCUUGCGAUUUUGCUGCGAUGAAGGGCGAAUCCUAGUAAGACCAGCUGCAAGCAUCCUCGCAUUGACUCCAUCUAAGUCCCGCAAGCUUGAUUCCUGCAAGACGACUUCACCCACUCGCUCCGCCAACGUCACUCCACACGACUUCAACUUCACUCCACACCGCAAGAUGAUGGACACUUCAGCCGCUGCCGCGGCUUCAUCUUCGUCCACGUCCAGUAAUUUUCACACAAUGUUGAGGGAGAGACGGAACUGGCACAUAAAUCUCCUCUACGUACGGCAGGAGUUCGACGAAUGUAAAGAGGUAAUAGAUUAAGGCCGCAUGGAGGUAUGUUGUAUGUAUCUCUCUGUAAAUGUAAGAAGGAUAACAAUUAAUUUUUCUGUAUACAAUUUCUCGGCCAGUCUCUGACCGUCGCAGAAAAUGUUUCGCCUUGCCGAUGACUGUGUGUAGUCAUUUGAGACGCGAUGUAUGUAUGUAAUUUUUAGUUCUUGGUUGAUCCACUGCUCGUUCUCAACAGUCAUAUAACUACAGAACAAGAAGCAAAGCGCGCUUCUCAGUUCCGGAUGUGUUGACUUAUCCCAGUCAUGAAUGACUCGUCACGUCUUCUUUGAUCAAUUUCUUCUAAACUGUGGAGCAACUACGGGAAUGUCAGGGAAUGUGCGAGUUCGCGAUAUAUGUGAAAGCGCUCAUAUUCAGGCAAGAAGGGAAGAUACAAGAGAGCUUGGCACUGUUUCAAGCAGUGACGUGUUUGAAUCCACAUAACGUGCUGAACCUGAAGCAAGUCGGGAGGAGUUUGUACUUACUUAAUAUAAGUACAUUGUUGGACUUGUACUCCUUUUUUAAUAAUGUUGUCAGUCCUUCUCAACUACACUGUCCGGUAAAGAACCCUUACCAACUACUACCAAAGAAGCUCCCUCUAGACAAAGACCUGUUGGGUGCACUAAUGAAAAAAUGUAGUCCUAGUGUGCAUGUGCAACUAAAAACAGGUAUCUUCUAGGGAACCACCGAGCGGCAAUAGACGUCUACGACGAAGGUCAGGUCCUAGCGCCAGACGACUGGGAAAUCUGGCACAAUAAGGGCUUGUGCUUCAUGUAUUUGCGUGUAUGAGGACUGGGAUUUUUGUUGUAGUUCAGACAGUUAGCUGCCUUCGUGUAUGUUCUCGACGGGGAGUUUUUCCGCGACUUAAAAAAGGGGGUCUGGAUCUGGAUUACUAAGAACCGACAUUAGCGAUGAUUCUAGCAUGAUAAGAUACCUAGGCGAGAUAGACAGAAAACUUCUGAACCACGUAGCAUGCAGAUGGUAUGACUAUGAGGCAUUCUCAUUCAUAUCUUCAAUACGACGAUGCAGUGGACGCUUUUGAGAAAGCUAACGAAAGCCAGAGGCACGACGUCACGUUUCUGCAGCUUGGGAAAGUCUUUGUUAUGUCUUGUCUGGUCUUUGUCCUCGCGGUUGCAUUCUGGACCAUGAGGAAGACGAAGAAUCCUUGUUGACUCACUUUCCCACAGUCAACGACCACGACGUCACGAAGAAGUCAAGAUCGUGAACGCAAUCGUAUUGUACUAGUACUACUGUAACCUUCCUCAACGCAAUAGUAUUUUUGUACUAGUAUACAUUUAUUAUUAUAGUAAUAAUGAGGCAUACUGCAUGAUACAUUUAUUAUUAUUUUGUACUAGGAUUAUAACAAGAAUUAUAACUAUAACUACCACUAGUAUAACUAGUGACUAGUAUAACAAUAACUACAAUAACUAUAACCUCCUCCUAUAAGGGCCUAACUAUAACUACCUCCUCACACACUCUAACUUCAUGCUGAAGGAGGAAUACAAAAAAGCCAUAGAGGUGUAUCAAGAGGCGCUGGAAUUCUCACCAGAAAAUCCGGAAAUAUUAACGACGCUGGGGAUACUUUAUUAUGGCAUGUUGAUGGUCGUAAAUUGGAAAGAAAACGUGCGUCGGUCAUAUUUAGUCUGCCAUAGGCGUUACUAUUUAGCUGCCGCGUCUCUACUCGGGUCGCUACGGAACCAGGCAGCUUUGAGUGAGUUGCUACGUGGUUCGAAUGAAUGAAUGAAUGAAUGAAUGAAGGAUUAAGAAUUUUUAAACACGGUUAGCAAACAUCAUAAGAGUCUCAGCAGGGCCUCUAUCCGACAGCCAAGAACACGACUACUUAGGUCUAAAUCCAUACCUCCAGUAUCAUAGUUUGCCGAUUCUUCUAAGUCUUCCUCCGAAUGGGUGAGUCUCUAGUCGCUUUCGACCAUCUAGGGAAUUCCCUGACCUACAAUCCGCGAAAUCCGAAGACAAUAUUAGCAGCAGGCAGCAUCAUACAAGACCAUGCUUUAUGGGUUUUGAUGGCGGAAUAGCUCAUUUUUGUUAAAUUUCCAUAGAACAAGAGGAACUUCCAAAUUCGGAAUUCGGAAUUUUUUUUCGCUAAUCCCAGACAUGGACGUGGCCCUAGUGAAAUACCGCGUUGCCGCUGUUCACACGCCGAAUUCAGCACAGCUAUGGAACAAUAUAGGAAUGUGCUUCUUUGGCAAGCAGAAAUUUGUGGCGGCAAUAGCAUGCUUGAAGAGGGCUUUGUAUCUUCUGUAUCCUGCUUGUAUCUAUGUUAUUUAUUUUGCGUAGUUUGUCUCUAUGUAUGGAUUAUAGGUUCUUGAGCUUCAACUGAGCAGAGGCACUUUCAUGUUCAUCACGUUGUCCUUGCUACAAAAAAUCUGACAAAAAUUCUCUCCAAAAUCCAGGUACCUCGAUCCUUUCGAGUGGAUUAUAAGUUACAACUUAGGCCUCGUCCACUUAAACACUGGACAAUACGCAUCCGCCUUUCAUUUUUUCUCGUCAUCGAUAAACCUGAAGCCUGAUUUCGCAUCGUCCUACAUGUACCUGGCGAUCACGCUGUCAAGGCUCGACGAUUUCACGAAUUCCUGUGCGGCAUACGAGAUUAUGAAAUGGGAUUCAUGUUGAAGAUUCUGUUCUGGCAUCUUCACACAGCACUUCUCUUCACUAGCGUAUGGGUAUGCAGCAUCCUCCUCUUUAGCAGUUUUACAAGAAGAGCGUGAUAGAAGUAUCCGCAUAUCCUUAUCCGCAUGUAUCAAAUAGAUUUCUCCUUUUAUUAUAGUCUGAAACUGAAUCUUCUGUGACCUAGACACAAAAAAAUAGCUCACACACAUACACAAUGAAUAGCUCUUCCUCUUCGUCCACAUUCUUCAUUACCAAAGCAAUCGAGCUUGAGGGAAGCGAUCAUAUCUUUCAGCUGAAUUUCGCGAUCACCCUCUUCAACCAUGGAGACCUCGUGGAGGCGAAGAAGCAGUUUCAGCUGUGUAAGGAUAGCGAUGAAGACGCAGAUCAGGAGGUUGUGGACAUGAAAGCUACACUGGAACAAUUGCUAGUGUAGCUGUGUGUUGGGGUUUCUGUCCUCGUGGUUUGUCUAUGUCGAGUUUUUUUCAUCUCGGCGAAGGUAGAUCAUGAGCAGGAAUUCAAUGAGUAGAGAGUUCUUUUUCAUUGUCCAGCCCUGCUGUGUAAACUUUGGAGGUACUAGAGAACGAAGUGUGAGUCGUGACACUUAAUACCAAGCGAACGUAUGUUGACACUUGAUGCCAAGCGAACGUGUUCAGCUCUCAAGCGAACUUCUCAAUCUUAGUCCAGUUAGUCUCACACGAACUUUUACUUGGUAUUGUCCAGUUAGAAGUCAUAGUCAUUUUUGAACAAGAACUUCCUAAAAAGUGUAACCAUGGAGUUCAAGGAU